UCAUAUCACACUGCGCAUGGUAUUAGGGUUACACAAGUUAGGUAAUAUCACACUGCGCAUGGGGGAAGCGCUGGAAAGGGUGAGGUCAUCGGUCAAGAGAAGGGAGUGGCCAGUGGUUUCGAGGGAUGACGGUGGGCGUUGACUGUGACCGGCAGUGAUGUCAAAGCGAGACGACUCUGUGGCGAUUUGUCGGACGCGGUGGCACAUCGCAAAGGGAGGUGGCGAGUCGGACAGCGAAGGCUGUGUGGUGUGAGUGGAGGUUAAGACGCCCCUUGCAUCGACACGUGUGAAGCUGAUUACCGAGAGUCUAAUUCCGGGGCUGUGCGUGAGUGAGUGAGUGAGUGAGUGAGUGACAGGUAGGGUGGUGGCAAUUCCGUGUGUGCGAAGGCGCUCUCCAUUCCUCCCAUUCAUCAAGAAAGAUGAGCGGCGCAGGCCCAGCUGUCCCAGCUGUCACUCAGGAGGGGACAGAGAUGCCCUCUAAGGGAACUCAGGAGGGGAAAGCGACGCCCUCUGAGGGAACUCAGGAGGGGAAAGAGACACCCUCUGAGGGAACGGAAGCCAUAGCCGCCAUAGCCGAAACUCCACCGGCGAAGUUGACCGGCAUCGUGCUGGAGGAAGGGUCGAUAUUCGACCCCGCUAAGGAAGCAGAGAAGGCCGACGUAAAUGCCUUGGUACCUUCCGAAAGAGGAAAGUCGUUGGCUCGACAUCGCCUCCAUCCCGAUGCGGAAAGCGAGCUGUGCAAUGCCGUCAACGUGGCCUACGGGAUGUCGUACACAUUCCACGCCAUGUCCCUCUACUUCGCGAGAGAUGACGUGGCACUGAAGGGCUUGUCCCGCUUCUUCAUGAAGCGGAGCAACGAUGAGAGAGAGGAUGCUCUCUCGUUGUCUAAGUACUUGUCGAGGAGGGGAGGACGACUCAAACUCAAGUCCGUCUGCGAGCCCCGGAUGGAGUAUGACGACCCGGUGAGGGGUGAUGCUCUGAUGGCUAUGGAGUUGACUGUGGCUAUGGAGAAACUGGAGUACGAGAAGUACCUGGCUCUGGUCAAGCUGGCCAACGACAAAGAGGAUAUGGAGUUGGAGGACAAGAUCACGGACGAGUACCUGCACCCGCAGGUCAAGCUGAUUAAGAAGCACUCGGAGUACGUCUCUCAGCUGCGUCGCGUAGGCAAGGGUGAAGGCACCUACCUCUUCGACAGAAUCCUCAAGAACAAGAUGAAGGGCAAACCGGAGCUCCACCAUGUGCACCCUCAUGCGUCUCCUCUUGCGUAGAGGAGUCUUGUGGCAGGUGCUGCCUCGUAAUCGAUCAUUCUGCAAUUGAAGACACGGCGUCAGGCGCUCUCCUGUGUCAUCGACCCGCUUCUCAAGAACACAAAGAUAGAUGAAGUGGACCUCAGUGGAGCUAAGAACACAAAGAUAAUGAGAAGGUGAGACUGGAGCUUAGAACAAAGAGAUAGAUGAGUUUUUUUUCAAUUUUUAGAAAAUCAAAGAAGUGAAACUGGAGCUGUAUCCACCGUGAUUCUUAAGUGCAGGCCCGUGCGGAGCGUCAUCCUGCUGCGGAUUUUCCAUCUGAUCUAGCUGUGCUGUAACGAUGGCGACGAAGUCGGGGGUCAUCGAAUCAAUUCAAUUCAGAUGGAAUGGGAGCUGCCGUUGAUUAGUUGCCAUUGCCAGAUGGCGAUGAAUUACUGAUGUAGUGGUUGGUGGGUUAGCGCUUUUGUCGUUUUCUGGUGUGUGUCAUGCGUCGGCGUCUUCGUGAUGUGUUGGGCGAGAAAACGACCGCGGUGGCUUUUUGGUGGGGAAGAGAGAGCGAGAGAGAGAGAGAGAGAGAGAGAGAGAGAGAGAGAGAGAGAGAGAGAGAGAGAGAGUUUCGAUUUGUUGUCUUUCGGAGGGAGUGAGGACGUGGGGGAGAGAGAGAGAGAGAGAGAGAGUUUCGAUUCGUCAGUUGUCUUUCGGAGGGAGUGAGGACGUGGGGGAAGGGGUUAUGGGAAAGAGAGUGGCAGUCGAGACACCAGUGUGUGCCACUGUGUGGAUGCUGCUGAUCGCUUAAGUGCAGAGCGGAAUUCGGGGUGGGGUGGGUUGCCCAGAUGUCGAUAAGGUGACCAGGAUUUGUCCAAUUUUUAGGAUUGGGGAGGGUUGCCCAGAUGAGCAUCACGUGACCACCCAGUGUAUCAUAUAUAGCGUUAACAGAAAGUAGUGCUGCGGAGUUCCAGUCUAUGCUGUCCAAUAUAGGUAGAGAUGAAAUAAUUGUAAUUGCGUGUCUUAAGGAGUUUUAGUCUGUCGCGCCCUAGCGAUAGGGAAAGGUCGAAGGGCGAUCUCCACCAACUGCACCAAGGUCGAGACUCGAAAGGCGUAGUGCCGCGUCAAAGGGAAAAUUUUAAAGGAUGAGAAGGUGGGUCUCAAUUUUAAAGGAUAAGAAGGUGGGUCUCUACUUCUCUUUUCAGUGCCGCGCGGGGAAGGCAAAGCUGUGAGUAGUGGAAUGGCAGCGGUGGACGUCGGAAAUAUACCUGCGCCAGCGACACAUGCCAAAAAAAAAAAAAAAAAAAAGAAGGACGUAACUGGGCGGAGGCUCGAACCUACUGUAUGUACCUGAAAAGAGGUCCACAGAGUCCGCUACACCUAACUUGAGGUUUGGAGGUACCUAUAUCUAAUCUGCAGGUCGAGGUAGUUAGUGUAUCAGAGGAGAGGGUGGGAGGUAGAACCAGAAAUGGCCGGUGGUACUACCCUUAAGCCUCCACAAGUGGAUUGGAGGCCUGUGUCAGUGCAGAUAUUGAGGAUGAACCGCACCAUACCUCGCACGUUGGGGGGAAUAGUGAAAUAGAGACAAAGAGAGUGGGUUAAAACUGUCUUAUGUUCUUGUUGUCAGAAAAAGUAAAGAAAUGAGAAGAGGAAAGCAAGGGUUGAAUCGAAGUUGGCCAGUGCUGUUUCUCUUGCAUCAUAUUCUCGUUUGCGACGUUUUUGUUUUUCUUCCUCUCAAGGAGUCGAUCGCUUGUUUCACUCUCUUGUGUGUGAUCCUUCCUCAGGCUGUCCUUUAAAUACGGCUACAAAGACAUAAGCAUUCAAAUG